AACAUGACAUGUCUAGCUGUUUCGGACAGAACUCCGGACCGGAUUGUAUAGCUGCAGCGUCCAAGGAAGCUUGUGUUAGAUGAGACGGUGGGCUGGGUCGGGUUUAGCGGGACAGCGCCAGCUGUUACUUUUAAUUUUGUGUGGCUGAUCGAGAGUAAAAUAGUUCACCUUCGGUGUUAAAUAUCGCGGUGACUCUCGUCAUUUUGUCUUCCGUAUACAUUUGUAUAUAGAAAGCUAGUUGUUCUGCUUUUAUUGUAGUUUGCGAUUUUAAAAUAACGCCGGUUUAAUAUCGGCUGACAGUUUUGAAGGAGACGUCCCGAAUAUUACUCUCGCCGAGGAGCAAUUGGCAAUUUCACGUUGAAAAAAAUGUUUGAAACAAGAGGAAUCCCAUACAUUUUGCUUGACAUAGCAUGCAUAAUACUCGUGGGACUUCCAUUUGCAAUACUCACACUGCAACACAGUCCAUUCAAAAGGGGAUUUUUCUGUAAUGAUCAAUCUAUCAGAUACCCUCUUAAAGAAGACACCAUAUCCUAUCAUUUAUUAGGUGGGAUAAUGAUUCCCUUCCCGCUGCUUGUUAUGAUCAUUGGCGAGUGCCUGUCUGUCUAUUUUAAGCGCAUCAAAUCAAAGUCAUCUUUCAGCAAUAGCUAUGUGGCAUGUAUAUAUAAGGCGGUGGGUCCCUUCUUAUUUGGUGCAGCGAUGAGUCACUCGCUGACCGACAUCGCAAAGUACUCCAUAGGUCGCCUGAGGCCACAUUUCUUAGAUGUGUGCAGACCUGUGUGGAGUCAGAUUGACUGUAAUUCUGGGAACUACAUUGAGAACUUCACCUGCACUGGAGACAUGGAAAAGGUUAAUGAGGGCAGACUCUCCUUUUACUCUGGCCAUUCCUCCUUUUCCAUGUACUGCAUGUUGUUCCUAGCACUUUACGUCCAAGCAAGGCUUCAGACGGAGUGGGCGAGACUUCUUCGGCCCACAAUCCAAUUCUUCCUGAUCGCAGCUGCGGUAUAUGUGGGUCUGUCGCGGGUGUCCGACUACAAGCACCACUGGAGUGACGUCCUGGUUGGACUCAUACAGGGAGCCUUAAUGGCCAUACUGGUUGUGGCAUUCGUGUCUGAUUUCUUUAAGAAGUCAGUGGAGCCAGAGAGAGACGAGGAAAUCCCACACUCCAGUCUACAGGAGAGCCCCACACAUGGAAAUCACUAUGGCAGCCCCAGCUAAGAGGAUGCCUGCUGAGUUGGACAGCUUGUGAAUGUAAUGCAGCUUCUCGCUCUCAAUCAAUGCGUCUGCAAUUCUGGAGAGACAAUUCAUUAUGGACACCUGAUACUGCGAACUGCCUUGGCCAGACUGCCGCCUCUAUUUACCAAAGCGUCCUGUGUACUCCCUCAAAUACCAUUAAUACGUGUUAUUAAAAAAGAAAACCACUACAGAUUUUUUUUAUUAAAAUUAAGUAAAAAUGUACAUUUUCGGGGGGGGGGG